AUGACCGGUGAAAUAAUUGAAAACGCGGUAAGAAAUGGUAAAAUAGAUGCGGGGGAAAACUUUAAAAGACCAACUUCGAGGAAGAAAGAAGGCGAGGUAAAUAAUGUGAGUACAUACAACAAGGGAUAUUCAAACUCAAUCACCGUUGGUUCACCAAGGAUGGUAGCUACCAGUCAUCAAGGCCCUCCGAGGCAGGAGUCCAAUUCAAGGGCAGAAAGACCCCAAUUUACACCUAUCCCGAUAACGUAUAGAGAGCUGAUAACGGGAAAUUUGAUUGAGAAUUGUACUGCGUUCAAGAAGGUGGUCGAAAGACUCAUCAAAAUGGGUAUUGUAAAGUUAGAUGACCCCUCCGGACCAAACGUAGCAGGAAACCCGUUGCCCGAUCAUACGGAUAAAGGGGUAAAUGUGAUAGCCGAGGAUGGAAGUAAGAAAAUUAAGGCAGACGUGAUGGAGGUAAGAACCCCAAUGAAAUGUGUUUGGGAACAAAUGGUAUGUAGGGGUCUAAUCACUCGAGAUUUACUCGAAAGGCCUAAAGGGGCAGGAAUGUACUUGUUCAAGACCAUUGUACAAAAUCUGAUGGACAAUAAGGAGAUAGAGUUUUAUGAAGAAUUCAAGGAAUUUGAAGAAAGAGAGGUUUGCGCCUCAAAGGAAAGACCUGUAGAAAGGUUGCAGAAGAUCAAUCACCCAGUGGAUAAGAAAAAGGUUCCUUGGAAUUAUGACUGUAACGUGACAAUUCCAGGAGAGAGGAACUUGAUAAAUGCUUCAGUAGAGAGCAAUGAUAAUGGCUUCUACACAUGUAGUGGAAGGCGUUACGAUCUAGCAACCUCAAAAGCCGAGCCUAUAAAAGAAAAAGCCCCAGUGGUCGAACGAAAGAAGGAAAAGGCGGUCCGACUUGAAUCACCUGUCAACGAGCCGGUAACGGAGAGCGAAGCUAGGGAGUUUCUAAAAUUCUUAAAGCACAGUGAAUACAGUGUCAUAGAGCAGUUACGUAAGCAGCCAACUCGUAUCUCGGUGCUAACAUUACUCUUAAGCUCGGAGGUACACCGCAACGCGUUAAUGAAAGUAUUAAAUGAAACUUACGUCGCUAAUGACAUCUCUGUGAACAAGUUAGACCGUAUGGUUGGUAACAUAAGCGCUGAUAACUUUAUUUUCUUUAAUGAUGAUGAAAUACCGUCGAGAGGCAUGGGAUCGACCAAAGCUCUGCACAUUACAACCCACUGCAAGGGGUAUACGUUGCUAGGGGUUCUAAUUGAUAAUGGAUCAUCCCUAAACGUCUUACCCUUAUCUACCCUGAAUAGGUUGCCUGUGGACAGCUCGCGCAUGAAAACAUGCCAGAACAUAGUGAAGGUGUUCGAUGGUACUGAAAGAAGAGUAAUGGGAAGGAUUGAAAUACCCCUCCUAAUCGGCCCAAGCACAUAUGAGGUAGAUUUCCUAGUAAUGGACAUCAAGCCUUCUUACAAUUGUUUGUUAGGAAGACCUUGGAUUCAUUCAGCAGGAGCAGUACCUUCAUCGUUGCACCAAAAGUUGAAGUUGGUAACAGAGGGUCGGCUGGUGACAAUCAAUGUAGAUAAGGACAUCAUUGCAGCUGUAACUAGUGACGCACCUUAUGUAGGGACAGAAGAAGAAGCAAUUGAAUGUUCAUUCCGAUCUUUGGAAUUUGUAAAUGCAACCUUCAUUGUUGAAGGGAAUAAGAUCCCCACACCCAAAAUAUCCAAAACAACGAGGAUGGGCCUGCAAAUGAUGGCUGGAAGAGGGGCUCUACCUGGAAAAAAGACUUGGGAAAUAACUCCAAAGGAGGGUGGAGAUGGCCAGAUUGAUGGGCUAGAUGCAAAGCAAAAGAGGAAAGAGGUGGAGAAGAAGCAGGAAAGAAGAAAGGCACGCUUGAGUGGGGAGGAAACAAAAUGGGAACCCAUGACAUUCCCCCACAUAUCCAAAACAUUCGUGUCAGGGGGAACUAUUCACCCUGAACGAAGGACGCCAAGAAAAGGAACUGCAGAAGGGAUGUUAGGGGAUCUAAGCAUUAAUGCCAUAUCUGAGGAAGAAAUUGGAGAAGAGAAAUCAUCAUGCAUUCGCCCUUAUGAGCCGGGAAGCGUUCUAAAUAAUUGGACUGCCGAGGAGAUCCUUGUAACUUUUAAAGUCAAUUCAGAGUAA